GAGUGUGAAGACUCAGCAACAGGAACUCGGCUGAUAUUUUCGGAUCCAAGGCUUUCGAAUGGUACUGUGUGAAGCUACGUGGGUUCCCCGCUCAGCUACGGCGGCACCGACAAGACUGAUCUCACGACCGAGAGUUGAACGUUCUGUCACGACGACCACCAUGACGCUGACGAGCUGUAAGCGGUGUCUGCAGCAUCUCACGGCGGUCUCCCGCCGGUCGCUCACCAGUCUCUCCUACGAGGACCUCGCCAAGGAGUGCCGCGAGGACUCCGGCUGGGACUCAGACGUCGACUCGCUGUCGUCAGCCGGCGGUGGUGAGGUGGACCAGGCGACCGGGGGAACGCCGAUCCACCGAGUGGUGCUGCUCGGGGGAGAGGGCGUGGGGAAGACCGAGCUCGCACGGCAGUUCGUCGGCGCCGACGGGGGGUACGAGUCCGAUAGCGACGGCGGCGACUGCGAUGAUCCGUUCCUGGACCCCGAUACCAUGUCAGGGUACGGAAUGAGGAACGCGUUUCAGAAAGACGUCAAAGUGGACGGAUCGGCUGCCGUGCUGUCAAUCAUCGAUAUUCCCGCUACGGAGCUGUACGAUUCUGACGACGAGAGUUUUCUGAAUGCCGGGGACGCCUACGUGCUCGUCUACUCGUCCACGGACAGGGAGAGCUUCCGUCGGGCGGCUGACGUGGCGCUGUCGCUGAGGAGAGCCAAGAAGACGGCGCACACGCCCAUCAUCAUAGCCGCCAACAAGAGCGACCUCGAGCGGAGGCGACAAGUGUCGUCAGAAGAGGGUGUGGAGUGCGCGGUCGGUCUUGACUGCAAGUUCAUCGAAACUUCUGCGACCUUCAACCACAACGUCAACGAGCUGUUCGAGGGUUCGGUGAGACAACUGCGGCUGCGCACCGAGGCAAGGCGACUGGCCAAUCAGCAGAGGCGGCUCCGGAAUAGAAUCAGGUCGGCCAGGAGGACGGAGCCAAUCAGGGAGCCCGAGAGGGAGAAGAGCUACUUCGAACGCUUCAUGGACUUUUUGGACAGACUUCUCAGCAGUAAGAAAGAUCGGGUGGCAAGAAUGAAGGCGAAGUCUUGUCAUAACCUGUCUGUGUUGUAAAAAAAAAUAACAGUCUGAGAGAGAAACGCAGGAAAAUAGCUGUAAUUUUCUACUAGAUGUGAAUAAUAUAUGGUGGCAAACGUGCUAGAUGCACGCACCAUAUGUAAAGAGAACUAUUAAUGAUUACUAAUGCAAAUAGCGUAGGGAAUACAAUACAAAUCGGGGUUCGUUUGAACUUUGAAGUCAUAUAAUGAGCAAUGCGUUGGUGAACAUUAAAGCAAUGAAUGUGUAGCGAAGGAUGUAUAGACUGGAAGGCUAGGAGAUGGAAUACGAAGAAUGUUACAAUUAUAUCAAGCAAAUGUUUUGCGGUAGGUAUGUUACUAUAAACUGGAAAGAGACAGUAGAGGCAUUUCAGAGCCAAGAGUGACGAAAGAGACUUGUGUGUAGGAUUGAAAUCACUUUUGUUGCAAUACUGUAUAUCGAAGGAAGGUUAAAUAUAUAGCCUAGACAUGACACGGACUUACGACAAGAUCUCAACAUAUAAGUCAUUCCGAUGUAAAGACAGUCUACCCUAAUCAGUAACAGAAAAAAGGAAUGCAAUGUUUCAAAGAGAUAAUUUGUUCAAUUUUCUGAGAGGGAGUGCGCAUAGUCUAUAUACCAGGCUACAACUUUCAACCCAAGACUCAGAAAUAGCGGGAUCUUGCAUUGAGAAGCAUGUGCUUGUGUGGAGGAACUAGAGGAUACUAGAGUACACGGAAGCUGAGAAUUUGCAUGAUGACAGGCGUAUCGUAGUGGACAGAUGGAUCGGCCUGAUUACUUGCGCCACCUAGCGAAUUUUUGAAGAACUGGACCCGAAUUUUCCGGGAGAUGUUUUGUUUAAUGACUUGACAUGUUAAACCUCUGAUGAAAAAGAUAUCAUUAUGAAAUAUGAUUCGUAGAAGCGAUUUUUUCAUCUAAGGAAAUAUUGAUGUAUAAUCGUAUUUGUUAUGUUGCCAUAUUGCGAUUUUUGUAUAAUAGUUCAUCGUUUUCAAUCUUAACUUACGUGUGAGACGGUGGUAUGUAAUGUGUUAUCAGUUGACAAUACGUUAAUUUGUAGCUGGGCUACGAGUCUGUUGGUGCUCGGUUCAUGUGGACAUAUACAUGACAUGGGCAGACGAACAAUAGGGAGUUGAGCCCUUUAUAUUAUAUUAUAUUACAGUUACUCAACUUCAGAAUUGAUAUGCAAGAAAGAUUGGGUUUUGGAUUUGGAAUGAUUUUCUAUGUUUAUAAUGCACUGAAUAUAGAUGAGAA